AGCUUGUUAACAGCUCUGCUAUGGCAACAGUGUGUGCCUAGUGUGGUAAACAGCAGGCACAUGACCAUUCGGUCUGCAGUAUCGAAUGUCCUUUGGCUUUUUCUCCUUUGGCUAGCAUGCUGUUUAUUUGGGGUAGCAUAGUAGCUGUGCAUGGUGUUGUUGCUGAUCUGAGAUUGUCUACAGAAGGGUCUGUCAGGUUGACCUUGACCCCACCAAAGUAGUUAACCUGAUCAACUGUUGUAUGUAGACCAGCUUGAACAAGAAGCAAACCAUGUCAAACCAUGUUAAAAAAAGAAAAGAAAAGAAAACAAUGUUGGACAUAUUCCAGUGAACAUUUAAAGAGUCUAUUUUUGAGUUUGUUUGUUUGUUUGUUUUAUAUGUAAGAAUUUGUAUGUAAUAAAUAAUAAUCACUUUUUUAUUGCCAAUGUGUGAACAGCUUGUAAUGAAACUUAAAAAUUAGGACCUUUCCCGACUUCCAAGGUUGUCUAUAAAAGCCUGUAGACUAAUUUAUGUGAAGAACUUGGGACGUUUUUGCUGUGAAAAUCAAAAGAUGUGACAGAAAGUAAGUUUUUCGUCAUCGAUAGAAAUAUGAUUUAAGAAGGAUAAGAGGUAACGUUAGCUAGUUUAGUUUGAAAAUGUUUAAUAGCAAGUAAGACACAUUUAGACAACAUUUGAAGAAAGUAAUAAUAAUAAAUAUUCAUUUGCAACAACUGAUGGAGUGCUGAAUGCUGCACGCUCACACAGCGUUGUCAGAGUAAUAUUGAGCAUGAGCAAAUAAGUUGCUGGCUGCAACUCACUGAACGGGCACCAGCGUCACUAAUAACAAUGGGUUCUGAAUUCUACAUAAAGUCCCUUUAAAUAAAAUGAAAACAGACAGUUCUAUUUAAUCUAGCAUGUUCCCAUUUAAAUGUACAAUGACAGCUCAUACUUGGGCUUUUAACAAGCAGUAAUUUCACAGGGUUGCGUGAGACAAGUUGUAAAUCGAGCCACCCCCUGAGUCUAGAGAACAGUUUACAGCAUUUGUUACAUGAUAUAUUCAAGAAGUACUCAUCAUCUGGCUUGGUGUGACUGAGAGGAGCAUAUGGGAAAAGUGUUUAUGUGUGUUAUAUCACUACAUAUUCAUCACAUAAUUCCAGUGCAUUUGCACAAAUUUAAUUUCUGUUAUUUUCUAGUUUUGAUUGCUUUUCUAUUAAUAUAAAAUAUGGAAAAUUAUAAUAAAAAGAACAAGACAUGUUUAAACCUUUGACAGGUAGUAUUUCUAUAAAUUAUGACAUAAUAAAAGCAUACUGUGCUUUCCAAAUUAGGCUGUUGAAAGCGAGGUGUAGACAUUUUGAUUUCUAGGUACUUCACUGCAUUAUCAAAGGUUGUGUCAAUGAUUGGCUGCCAAAGAGAUCCCACAUGUCAGUUUAAUUUUAAGAUUGCAUCGUCUUUUAAGGUAGCCAGCAGUAGUCAUCUGCUAGCUUGCGACACUCCUUAUUUUAUUACUACCUCUUUAUAAAACUUUUUUUGAGACUACACAUUGCUUUUUUGAGACUGCAGUUGAUGCACAUUGCAUUUAAUAGGAUAAACCUGACAUUAAACAACUCCUGGCACAUUUAACUCUCUUUAAUACAUGCAUAUUUUGAGCUUGCAAUCUCAAAGACGGAAAUCAUACCUUGGGAAUGGAUGUGGAGAAUGGCCUCAACGCGUUGCACUUGGCAGCAAAGGAAGGACAUCUGGACCUGGUCCAGGAACUGUUGGACAGGGGGUCUUCAGUUGAUUCUGCAACCAAGAAAGGAAAUACAGCUCUCCACAUCGCUUCACUAGCAGGACAAGGAGAGGUUGUAAAGAUCCUGGUCAAGAGGGGAGCAGACAUUAAUGCACAAUCUCAAAAUGGAUUCACUCCCUUGUACAUGGCUUCUCAAGAAAACCAUUUAGAUGUGGUGCGCUAUCUUUUGGAGAAUGGUGGAAACCAGAGCACUGCAACAGAGGAUGGCUUCACACCUCUAGCUAUUGCACUGCAACAAGGCCAUAAUCAGGUGGUGUCCAUCCUUUUAGAGAAUGACACAAAGGGCAAAGUACGUCUGCCUGCCUUGCACAUUGCAGCCCGUAAGGACGACACGAAAUCCGCUGCCCUGCUGCUCCAAAAUGACCACAAUGCCGAUGUUCAAUCUAAGAUGAUGGUCAAUAGGACAACUGAGAGUGGAUUCACACCCCUGCAUAUCGCUGCUCACUAUGGGAACGUAAAUGUCGCAACACUGCUCCUCAAUCGAGGAGCUGCUGUGGACUUCACUGCAAGGAAUGGGAUCACGCCACUGCAUGUUGCGUCUAAGAGGGGAAACACUAAUAUGGUUCAUCUGCUGUUGGACAGAGGGGCUCAGAUUGAUGCCAAAACAAGGGAUGGUCUCACGCCUUUACACUGCGCAGCAAGAAGUGGGCAUGACACAGCAGUGGAGCUCUUGUUGGAGAGAGGAGCCCCUAUGCUGGCCAGGACCAAGAACGGUUUAUCUCCACUCCACAUGGCAGCGCAGGGUGACCAUGUGGAGUGUGUCAAACACCUGCUGCAGCACAAGGCACCUGUUGAUGAUGUCACACUGGACUACCUGACAGCCCUCCAUGUUGCCGCCCACUGUGGUCACUACAGAGUUACCAAACUUCUAUUAGACAAGAGAGCCAACCCGAAUGCUCGAGCAUUGAACGGUUUCACUCCUCUACACAUUGCUUGUAAGAAAAACAGAGUCAAAGUGAUGGAGCUCUUGAUCAAGUAUGGAGCAUUCAUUCAAGCUAUCACUGAGUCUGGUCUCACACCAAUCCAUGUGGCAGCCUUCAUGGGUCACCUCAACAUUGUUCUUUUACUACUGCAGAAUGGAGCCUCCCCUGAUGUUAGCAAUAUACGUGGAGAGACUGCUUUGCACAUGGCUGCCCGUGCUGGACAGAUGGAAGUUGUUCGCUGUCUUCUAAGAAAUGGAGCCAUGGUGGAUGCAAGAGCAAGGGAGGAUCAGACGCCGCUUCACAUUGCAUCUCGUCUGGGUAAGACAGAGAUUGUCCAGCUCCUGCUACAACACAUGGCUCAUCCAGAUGCAGCAACCAUUAAUGGUUACACCCCUCUUCAUAUCGCUGCACGCGAGGGACAUCUGGACGUUACUUCAGUGCUGUUGGAGGCUGGUGCUUCUCACUCUUUAGCUACCAAGAAAGGGUUCACGCCUUUACAUGUGGCAUCAAAAUAUGGUAGCCUGGAUGUGGCAAAACUACUUCUACAGCGGCGAGCACUCCCUGACUUUGCUGGGAAGCAGAACGGUCUUACUCCUCUACAUGUCGCUGCUCACUAUGAUAACCAGAAGGUGGCGCUCCUGCUUUUGGACAAAGGAGCAUCUCCCCAUGCCACAGCCAAGAAUGGAUACACUCCCCUUCAUAUAGCAGCAAAAAAGAAUCAAAUGGAAAUAGCUACCACACUCCUGCAGUACGGAGCUGAGACCAACAUCCAGACCAAACAGGGUGUGAUGCCGCUCCAUCUGGCUUCUCAAGAGGGACACAGUGAUAUGGCAGCUCUGCUUCUGCAAAGAGGAGCUAACGUCAAUGUACAUACUAAGAGUGGACUUACAUCCCUUCAUCUUGCUGCCCAAGAAGACAAAGUAGGUGUUGGAGAGAUUUUAGUUAAGCACGGUGCCAACGUUGACCAACAAACCAAAUUGGGAUACACACCACUUAUCGUUGCCUGUCACUAUGGAAAUGCAAAGAUGGUUAAUUUUCUGUUGAAGAGUGGGGCAAGUGUCAAUGCUAAAACAAAGAAUGGUUACACACCUCUACACCAGGCUGCACAACAAGGCAACACACACAUCAUUAAUGUCUUACUCCAGCAUGGAGCCAAGCCCAAUGCCAUCACUGUGAAUGGAAACACCGCUCUUGCCAUCGCACGUCGCCUUGGUUACAUUUCUGUGGUUGACACUCUGAAAGUAGUCACAGAGGAAAUUAUCACUACAACAACGACGGUGACAGAGAAACACAAGCUAAAUGUGCCAGAGACCAUGACAGAAGUCCUUGAUGUGUCUGACGAAGAGGUUCCAAGACAGGUAGAUGAUGGGGCUAUGUCUGAUGACUCUAUUGAUUUUGAAGGUGAUGACACCAUGACAGGUGAUGGUGGAGAAUAUUUGAGAGCAGAAGAUUUGAGAGAGUUAGGAGACGACUCUCUACCUGGGCAGUACCUGGAUGGGAUGAACUACUUGCGCUUCAGUUUAGAAGGAGGCCGAUCAGACAGUCGCUUACAAAGUUUGGACAGGUCCUACACACCCACUCACCAAAGUUACUACCCUGCAAGACACUAUGGGAUGAUGGAGGAUAUGAUAUACAGCAACCAGGUGUCUUCACUUGCAGGAGAAAAUGAAAAGGACUCAUAUAGCUGGGAAACGGAAAACUUGGACAACAUAGCACUUUCCUCAAGUCCUGCUCAUUCCGGCCAUUGUUCUCCAUGUCAUGACCAUGACAAUAGCAGCUUCUUAGUCAGCUUCAUGGUGGAUGCCCGUGGAGGUGCCAUGCGUGGAUGCCGCCACAAUGGUCUACGACUGAUCAUUCCACCGCGGAAAUGCAGUGCCCCUACUCGAGUCACCUGUAGACUGGUGAAAAGGCACCGACUGGCAACCAUGCCCCCCAUGGUAGAGGGUGACGGUCUAGCUAGCAGGCUGAUUGAGGUUGGACCCUCUGGAGCUCAGUUCCUUGGUAAGCUCCACCUCCCUACUGCCCCGCCCCCUCUGAAUGAGGGUGAGAGUUUGGUUAGCCGCAUUCUGCAACUGGGCCCACCAGGGACAAAAUUUCUGGGGCCGGUGAUUGUGGAGAUCCCUCACUUUGCGGCUCUAAGAGGAAAAGAGAGGGAGCUGGUGAUCUUACGCAGUGAGACGGGAGAGAGUUGGAAAGAGCAUCAUUGUGAGUACACAGAAGAGGAGCUCAACCAGAUCCUCAACGGCAUGGAUGAGGGACUGGACCCACCAGAAGAGUUGGAGAGAAAGCGAAUCUGUCGCAUUAUCACUCGGGACUUUCCACAGUAUUUUGCUGUGGUGUCACGAAUUAAGCAGGACAGUAAUCUCAUUGGUCCAGAAGGUGGAAUUCUGAGUAGCACAGUGGUCCCUCAAGUGCAGGCUGUCUUCCCAGAGGGAGCUCUCACUAAACGCAUACGUGUUGGCCUGCAGGCUCAAUCAAUGGGUAUUGAUGUAGUGAGGAAGAAUUUGGGUAAUAAAGCCACAUUCAGCCCUAUAGUCACUCUGGAACCACGGAGGAGGAAAUUCCAUAAACCCAUAACCAUGACCAUCCCUGUCCCAAAGAGCUCCGCUGACCCAAUCCAUGGCGGCUUUGGAGGUGGAGAUACUCCUACAUUACGUUUGCUAUGCAGCAUCACAGGUGGGACCACUCCUGCUCAAUGGGAGGAUAUCACUGGGACUACACCAUUAACAUUCACCAAUGACUGUGUGUCUUUCACCACAAAUGUGUCUGCCAGAUUCUGGCUUAUAGACUGCAGGCAGAUGCAGGAGUCGGUGAACUUUGCCACUCAGGUGUAUCGUGAGAUCAUCUGUGUACCUUACAUGGCCAAAUUCGUCAUCUUUGCCAAAACACAUGACCCUAUUGAGGCUCGAUUGCGCUGUUUCUGUAUGACUGAUGAUAAAAUGGACAAAACUUUGGAGCAGCAAGAGAACUUUACAGAAGUGGCACGUAGCCGAGAUGUGGAGGUAUUAGAAGGUAAACCAAUCUAUGUAGACUGUUUUGGAAACCUGGUUCCUCUAACAAAAAGUGGCCAGCAUCUUGUCUUCAGCUUCUAUGCCUUUAAAGAGAAUCGACUGGCUCUUUUUAUCAAAAUACGAGACAACACUCAAGAACCUUGUGGACGUUUGUCCUUCACAAAAGAGCCAAGAUCUUAUAGGACUUUGACUCAUAGUGCAAUAUGCAAUUUAAACAUCACCCUGCCAGCUUACUCAAAGGAAUCAGAUUCAGAACAAGAACCUGAUGAGGAGACAAGCCGAACACUUGAGAAAUAUGAUGAAGACACUGAAACAACCGAAACAUCAUUCCUGAAAACACAAUUGAUCCGAGACUCCCCUGCCCUUGCAAGUCCAGAUUUACUCUCUGAAGUGUCAGAGAUGAAACAAGACCUUAUCAAAAUGACUGCUAUUCUGACCACUGAUUCCUCAGAGAAAGCAGGUCCCAUGCAAGGGGAUUAUUUAGAUAAGGGGGUGGAGGAGGUGUCAGCAGAGCCUUUUGAGAUAAUGGAAAAAGUCAAAGAGGAUUUGGAAAAAGUUAGUGAAAUUCUGAGAAGUGGAACAUGUGACAAGGAAGGGUCUGAAAAAACAGACAUCCGUCCAUAUAGGAAGGAUGAGGGGUGGGUUCUACUAACAGAAAGUGAAAUCGAAGAGGCAAAAAUGAUGGCUGCCUUUGAAUCUCAAGAAUCACUUCUAAAGGAAGUUCGAGUCAACAGAGGAUCACAGAGACCAAAGGGUGCUAGGGACAGGCCUGGCAUAGAGACUGUUCCCAGUGGGGAAGUUAAGGAAUACUUAUUGGAUGUGCCUGAAACAUCUAGGACUGCAUCUCAAGAGUCUCCAUCACAGCAAAGGUUCACUGAGGUUGUUCUGCGCAGAGGUGGUCGGAAAAUAGUCCCUACAGUGGCAAAAGACACUAAGACCCAUACAACAGAUGUAAAAAAGCCAAUCAGAAGGAAAGGACCUCAAGGACACACAGAUGAAACCCAGUCAUCUAGCACAAAAGAAAGUGUUGUUAGUAAAAGCACUGGGAAGUCUUCCGAAGGGGAUGCCUUUCUACCCGUCCCUGGAGACAAAAAAAAGUCUCCUGUUUCACCAGUGGUUGAGGAGACACCUAUUGGUUCCAUUAAAGAGAAAGUUAAGGCUCUUCAAAAGAAAGUAGAGGAAGAACAAAAAGGUCAGAAAAAACAAACAGGCCAAAAACCUCCAUAUAAAGCAACAGAAGCCAAAGCAUCUUCUGUUGUCAAAGAUCACAAAACAUCAGGCCAGAAAAAACAGACUUCUUCACCCCAGAAACAGUCUCCUUCUAGAUCAACAGGCUCUGAGCCUGGGAGACUAGAAGAAACCAUGUCUGUAAGAGAACUAAUGAGAGCGUUUCAAACUGGCCAAGACCCCUCAAAAAGAAAGUCUGGGCUCUUUGAGCACAAAGGUCCUUCCAAAACAGAAGGUACAAUAGUGAGUAAACCAGAGGCUAUCCUCACAAAAUCACAAUGUCUUCCCCAAGCACCUUCACAUGAAGAAGUGUCUUUUGAUGUUUUAAAGCCUGAAGAUCACCAUGAAGAAAAAGAAGUUAAAAGUAGUCCACACAUAAAAAAAUCUGAAGACAUUGAAGAAGAUACAAAAGCAAGUCAAAAGAGUCAUCAACAUCCACAGGAAAAGAGUGGUAAGACUGUGGUUUCUGGAAUAGUGUCAGCAAGUGCUUUUACUCACUCAAGCAUGACAACAACAAUUCCUCAAAAUUUGUCGGAACAGCGCAGAGAUCUUUUGGCUGACAACGGUACAGAGAACAGUGCAUUUGAUGACAGCUCUGACAGCAUUAGACAUGAGGCAUUGGUCGACUCACCCAAUGCCAGCCUUGCUGAAGUGGAAGCCCCAUUGAGUUCUGAGGAAAGUUACAAACAUGAGGGCAUGGCUGAGACUCCGGAAACAAGCCCUGAGAGCCUCUCAUUAUCACCGAAAAAACAAGCUCAGUCUAUACUUGCAAAGACCUCAAAAUCAGUAGCAGACACCCCUAAAGUCAAGACAAGUAAUGUAUCUGUUUCCUUUUCUACUGAGAUGAAGACAACUAAUGAGCAGGCAUCUGAAGCUACAGUUCAUCAUCCAGCAUUGAGCAAAGCAGUGGAUGAACCAACAAAAAGUGAGUCUAUGUCUAUUCCUCAUGGAAAUAGGGGGGUGAACUUUGAGGGUGAACAAACUUCUGUCGAUAAGGACGUUGUUUCUGUGUCAUCCAAGUCAUCUAAAUCUCGAAAAUUGACAAAAAGAACAUCUGAAACACUAGAGUGUUUUUUGAGCGAUGAGGAAUCCUUUGAUGGUCCAUCAAUACCAACCUCUGCUGACUCCCUGGCCUCAAGGGCAGCUACACAGGAUCAUGGUGGUUUAGUGCUACCUCUUAGACACCAAGAUUCAGAGAACCUUAGUCCAGUAGCUGAUGACUCUUUUACUAUUAGCCACAAGGACUCUUUAGAGGGUAGUCCCUUGAUGGAAGACAACUCUUCCCAUAAAACCCCAGACUCUAUUGAGCCUAGUCCAACAAAAGAAUCCCCGUGUCGUGACUCUUUAGAAAGCAGCCCCAUAGAGAUGAAAACCAACCCGACUUUUCCACCUACAGUAGAACAACCCAGUGUGACCACAGGACCCCUGACAUCCUCCAAAGCCCCUGAAAUCCCCCCAGACAGUUUGCGUAGUAGAAUGCUCAAAGAACAGGAGGGUAAUGCCGACGAUGACAGUUGUGAGCAGACGUCCCUGAUGACAAGUUCGGGUAAGAGUCCUCUCUCACCUGACACACCAAGUUCUGAAGAGGUAAGUUAUGAGGUCAAUCCCAAAACCCCAGACCCCAUGGUCCUGAUUGUUCCCUUUAAGCCAUCAGUAAUCCCAGAGGAGACAGUAGAAGAUGAUGAGUUGAAGUGUGGCCUGACACAGAGGAAAAUUACUCCAGAGGAAGAGAUGUUUAAAAUGGCUGCCAAAAUAAAAACAUUUGAUGAAAUGGAGCAAGAUGCAAAAGACAAAAAGGACAAUAGAAAAGAUAGUGAAUCCUCUCAGACCUUGGUAGCGUCUGAUGCAGGAGAUGACAGCUUCAAACUGUUUGAGCUUGCAUCCAAACAUGAAACAUCCUCUGUGGAUGAUGUUGGGUUUAGUGAACUCAAACAAGCCUCAGAGAUAGCACGGUCUGUUGAACCGAUCAUUAAAGUACAACCUCCCUCUCCUUUUCCAGCAGGUAUUCAUAAGAGCCCCCAAACAUCUGACGACAUUCAACAAACCAUGGCCCACAGUGCAGCAUCUUCAGCUGAAUCAGCAAUGAGGAGACCUCAGUCUGUCUCAGAAAAGCAUACCAUAAAACCACACCUUCAAGAAUCUCAUAGUGAGAAAUUUAAGGACAAAGAUUAUGUCGAUUCAGAGUUAGUACAGCUAAACAAAACUGCAUCUAACAGCAAAAAUAUAACCGAUGAACAAAAAGAGCAAAGCUUAAAAAGAUCAAAAGGAAAUCAAGAAAUUUACAGUCAUGAACAGCAGAAGGAGGCAGGUAAUUACCAAAAUGUUGACUACAAAUCACAUAGUCAGGAAGAGUCUAAUGUAACCGAUGAGAUCAAAGGGGAUUACAUGAGGAAUGCAGGGACAUCUUAUGUUGAUAUUUGUAGUGGCAGCUUAGAUACUGAUACUAUUCCAAUUAUUAUAGGGCAAACAAAAGAAACAUUUAAACCAGAAAUAUGUAUUUAUGAUGACACAGAGGAAGAUGAUGCUGAGGAGGAACCUCCUAAGACUGAAUCUAGAGGAGUUACAGCAAAAGCAGAGACAGACGCCUGGAAUUCAGUGCGAGAAGAUGAUGAUGCAUUUGCAGCAAGAGUUAAAGAGGAAGAGCAAAAGAUCUUGGGUCUGGCUGUAGAUCGGCAUUCCCAAGGGGCGACUCCAGACACAACACCAGCAAGGACACCCACUGAGGAGGGUACACCAACAAGUGAACAAAAUCCUUUCCUUUUCCAAGAAGGAAAACUUUUUGAGAUGACAAGAAGUGGUGCAAUAGACAUGACAAAAAGGAGUUACGAGGAGGAAGGGUUUGCAUUUUACCAAAUAGAGCAACCCAUUGUAGAGGGCAUAGCUGAAGAAGAGGGUAAUGCACCUGUUAGCGCAUCCAAUGAUGCUGAGAAUGAGAUUGGUUGCAACCUCUCUUUGCAAAUAAAAGCAGAGGAGGAUGAAGACCUCCUUAAAGAGGCUACAGAUUUAUCUGUACAUUCUCCUGCUGGGGAUAAUCUGGCAACAGCUACAAAGUCAGAUUUUUCAAAGUCUAAAACCCCCAUCAAAUUGGAUGACUCUGCCUCAACCAAAACCUUAGAGAAGGACCAAACAAUGUUAGAGGUUAAAUCAGACAAAGUAAUGAGUGAGGGACAUUUAGUAUCUGAUCCUGGCUCCUCCGACACUGUCAUAACCAAUAUCCAGACAGCAGUGUCAACAGUUACUAGAUCAGUUCAUUCCCAACAAGACCAAGAGUCCUCAGAUUCAUCCCCAGAAGAUCAGCACUCAGUAAUAGAACAAACCAAAACCCCUGAAAAGACAGAAUCCCAAAGUAAACCUGUCUCUAAAAGUUACACUGCAGCAUCUCUAUCAUCUACAGCUAGAAAAGAUAUGUCCACCUCCAAAGAGGAAGAGAAACCAAAAUCCCGAAUCCCUGUUAAGGCCAGCUCCCUCAGGUCUGAAUGUGUAGAACUUGCCAAGGACAAGAAGUCAAAGUUGCCCAUAAAACCUCAAUCAAGGAGAAAAUCUGAGACAGACACAAGCCCAUCCAUAAGCUCCAGUUUAACAAAGUCUUCCAAAGCCAAGAGCUUCUGCGAAAGUGAUUCCACCAAGAAACCAGCCAAAAAGGACCAGAAUCGUCCAACAAGCACUGACCUAUCCAGCACAACUAAGACACUUCCUUCAAGAUUACCAGUCAGGGGAAAGCCUGGCCAGCCAGUUCAAACUUCUACACCAGCAAAACAAAAAAAGGGUCGGCCAACUGACACAAACAAACAGUCCAUUGCAUUUUUUGAAGAGAUUAGUCAAGAAGCAGCUAAGGUAGUGGAGAGUUUGGCUCAGGCAGAGAAAGACAAACAGGAGGCUGCUGCCUUGUCUGAUGAUGAAAGCAGCACCAUUAAUGCCUCAGUAAUAGAGAGUGAACCUUUCAUUGACAUGCAAAUGCCUUUCCCUGAGGAUUCCUUGGUCAUUAGGCCCCGAUGGGACAACCCUGUUGAGACGCAGAUGGAACGAAUCCCUGCUGAUAAAGUCCGAAGUCAAGUAGAUCCACAGGAUGAGGCUGACAGGAAAGAGGGGCGUCUGGCUCUAAUAGCAGAUCACCUUGGUUUCAGCUGGUCAGAAUUGGCUCGAGAGCUUGAAUUCAGUGAGGUACAGAUCAAUCAGAUAAGAAAUGAGAAUCCAAAUUCUCUACAAGACCAAAGCCAUGCCCUCAUAAGGCUAUGGAAAGAAAGGGAGGGCAAAAAUGCUACAGCAGAGAACACUUUGAUGAAGACACUUACAAAAAUAAAUCGUAUGGACAUCGUUCAUCUCAUCGAAACAAAAAUCAUCCAGUCCAGUCAAGACCAGUCAUCACACACCUAUGCAGAAAUUGAGCAAACCAUAUCAUUGGAUCAUAGUGAAGGUUUUUCAGCCCUACAGGAGGACAUGGACAGCCCCAGGCCAGGUCGGCGAACAGAAGUCAUGAAAAAAGGAUCAGAACUUGGGCCUCUGGUGGCAUCUGUCGAGGAUCUCUUCUGCAAUGUAUCUUCCCUUGAUGAUUCCCAGAAAGAGAGGCUGCUUACAGACAAAGAGAUGGGUUCAGAGGUGGGCGGAGCCUCAGCACAUAGUUCUGUUGAUAUGGUUGGACUGAGGCAACAAUUCCCAGGCACUAUAAAAAAAGACAGUGUCUCAGAGGAAAUUUAUUUAGUGCCUCAAGUGAAAGAUUCAAUUCUAAGAAAAGAAGAUACACCAUCAAUUUCAAAAAGUUUAAAUUUAGCAGCAUCCUUGAUGACCAGUGAAUCACCAAAUGAGCCAUAUUUAACCACAUAUGUCUCCAAAAUACCUGAGCACAACAGAUCUCAGCCUGUCUUUGAUUUGGAGGCCCACAAAUCCACUCCUGAUUCAUCACCUGAAGAAACGAAAGCAUUAAAUGGAUUGCAAGAAGUAAAUUCUUUUCAGUUUCAUCUUAAAGACUCUCACAGAAGAGUUGAACUAAAUCGAAUUGAUUCCUCUGCAUUUAGUUUGGGUCUUGAAUCACGUGAUUAUAAAAAAUUGCCCUCAAGAUCUGUGAAAACACCAACAACAGACACUUCCAUUUCACCUAUAUUUAACACAUCCUCUUCUGAUCAAGGGAAUUCUCCAGAGUCCCACGAAUUUCUAGGCAAGAGAAUAUCUUGUGCUACAGGGACUGUCCAGCUUUCCUCAGAUUUGAAAUGUGUUGUUUCUCAAUUUGAACAGGCAUCACCAUCUUUAAGUGGUGAAAAGCCUGAAUUAAGUUUAGUUUUUCCUGGAGCUUAUCCACUUAUAGCUGCUAUGUCACCUUGUACUCUGGAAGUGACUCAGGAGCUGACGGGUGACCAGAUGCAAUUAGAUGCCACUGCAGUUUUAGAUGUUGACUCUCCACUUUACAGUCUUAAUCUUAAAGCCAGGCCAAGACCUGUUCAUGCAGAUAGCAUUGAGUCAGAUGCUGAGUUUUUUGAUUGCCGACAAACGUUUUCUGAUACAUCUGAGUCAGAGGUCGGAUCAUCAGAAGUUUUAGAUGUUCCUCAAACAAUUUACCGCGUUGAGGAACUUACAUCUUUAUCAAGCAGCCCUGAAUAUCUGACAGGCAUCUCUAAACUUAGAGAGCACACACAGUUGAAAAAGGAUGAGCGGCCCUUAUCCUGGGCCAGUGAGGACCUACCCAUAGUUCUUGAGCCAGAGGAUGAAUACACUGGUGAGGUUGGUGAGGAGAAGACUUUCCCUUAUGAUUAUACAGGUGAUCAUUCAUUUGCUGAAGAGCUACCUCCAAUAGAGGGAGCAGAAUAUGAUGACGAUGAUGACUCUCUAGGGAGGGAAAUAGCUGAAGAACUAGGUUUGCUGUCUGAUAGUUCAGAGGAGGAGGUGUUGACCACCAGGGUGGUGCGGCGCAGAGUUGUAAUUCAGGGUGACGAGAUGCCUGACAUCCCUCCUCAGACUGUAACAGAAGAGAAAUACACUGAUGAGUAUGGAAACAUGGUGGUCAAAAAGAUAACAAGGAAAGUCAUCCGUAAGUAUGUGUCAGCAGAUGGAGUAGAGAGAGAGGAAGUGAUGCUGGAGGGUCCGCAGCAGGAAGCUGUCACUGUGGAUGAGGCUGACGGUUUCUCUAAAGUUGUGAAGAGGACAGUGGUGCGGAGUGGGGGAGAGCAGACCGAGGUAACCUUCUCUGAACCUCUAUCUUACAUUGGGGCGACUUCUUCUGAGUUCGAGGAAGAGCCUGCCCAAGGUCGGAAGGUCAGCAAAGUCAUCAAAACUAUGGUAGUGCAAGGUGAACGAAUGGAAAAACAAAUAGGAGACCCUUCACUCUCAUUGGAUCUCCCAUCAGCCAAAGACGACUUUGAAAAGGCCUUAAGCUAUGUAGGAAGCUUUGGAAAAGUGCAUCUGCCUCAUUUAGUUGAGAGAGAGAUGGUCAAAGAGGAUGGAUCAGUGGUCAGAAGGACCCGGAUGCAUAAGAUGCGCACUCAGAAAAGCACAGUAGUGAAGGAUGGCCAAGCCAAACAAAUCCACCUGGAACGAAUGGAGGACACCCUGGAUUCCCUGCGACCCGAUGACCUACAGCAGCACCUGCAUCAGCUGCUUCAACGCUACUGUACCCCAGAGGUGACCGAAGAGCCUGAUGCAGGACAAGAUUCAGACGCAGGGGAGCAGGACAAACAAUAAGGCACCACCUCCUGCUGUAUGUGUGUUUGGUUGCGGCAGGCAUUUAAUACAAAUUUCUGCAUAUUUAUGUCUGUAGCCCUUUCUAAUAAUGAAAUGAUUCUUCACUUGCUUACCAGAUCCCCUUAUAUUAUUUAUUGCUUGAUCUUUUCAUUCAUGGCAAAUUAACUGCAUUAUGGCUGAAUGUCGUUUUUGUUUUGUUCCUGACUGAAUUUAAUUUCUCAUUUUGUGACCAAAGAUAGUGUUACCAGAAUUGCUGAGUGAUUUGUAUGAAACAUUGAUGUUUUUUUGUGUGUGUGCGUGUCAUUUUGGUUGCUGUGGUACCGUAGAAGCAGAACUAAACAUUAUAAUAAAAAUGGUUAUGGGUCAGUUUGGAUGCUGAACUCAUUGUCUGGCCACUAAAGGUGUGAAGACAUUUGUAAAUAAUGGACUUUGAUUGAAAAUGUUUAAAAACACUGUCAUAUACUCUUUUGUCUCCUGUAAUUGCUGUACAACUGCAUCUAUGGACUGCUGUAAUUAAAACAUGUCAGAUUACUUGCUCAAAAUCUCACAACAGACCUGAUAAAAUAUCAUCAAAAUAUCUUUGGGGCAUGUGAGUUUGUAACCACAGUUAAUCAAGUGCAAGCAAUCAGCUAUCUGAUAUAACUGGCUAUGUAUUUAUACUGGCUAUGACUGAGAUUUAAAAGCAACAAAUAAAUAUCAUGCUGUAGUCUUUCUUAAUCCCAGAAUGCGUCUGAAUGGUUUUUACACAGAUUACGUGAGAAUUUAUCAGUUUUAAGUGAAAGAAUGCUGUCAUUAUCUACACAUCCAGUUAUUUUGUGUCACUGACCUAUUUGUUUUCACUGUCUAACCUUUGUACAGAAUAAUGUGUGUGUUCUCAGAUCUCUUCUGUGACAAUGGAAUUAUGUUUAUUGAAUUCUUUUUUUUUUUUUUUUUUUCCUCUUUGAAUGAAUGUUACAUUGAUCCCAUUUUCUGUUUUGUGCAGUCCCAGUUUUUUUUUUUUUUUUAAGUAUGACUGAAUUCAAUGAUAAUUUGAGUCCCCCUCCAAAACUGUGCUUGUGGGCUUGACUUGUAUCUUCCCUAUUUGUGAUGCUCCUCUAGGUGCUUACAGUAGAACUCAGAACAGGGAGGGAAAGUGAUUAAAAAUUUGCCUGUUUUGUUUUUUUUUUUUCCUCUGCUGUUGCAAUUCUGUAAAAUAAUAACAAUAAUAAUAAAAAAAUGAAAUGUUAAUCUCACUGUUACCUUAUCUUCUAUUAGGAAAAAUAUGCUGCAUUUAAGAAAUUUUAGAAAUUUGUGUUUAACAAAGACAUUUCAUAGGAGACAGGCAAAUGUUGCCUUAAUUGAGCUUUGAUUCAAUUUCUUUUAACAAUUUAACUUACAUUUUGUAAUGUUUUGAGAACAUACACUACUACUUAAAAGUCUGGUUUUACUGUACUUUACUGAAUUCAUGUUUCUCAUAAGUUUGAAUCAAAGACAUGCUAAAAUGAAUUAAAGCCUGAAUUUU